GACGCGAUUGGCUGUCACCUUGGAGAUCUCACCUGUGUCCAUGAGCCGACUGUAAGGCGUCCCUGGACGGAAGCCGGGUGCAGUCAAAUUGAGUCGGGUUACGUAACGCGUUCACUGUGGCACCGGUGGCAAUGGCGAACGAGGAAGGAGGACAGGACUGUGAGGUGACUUACUACACUCUGGAAGAUGUGCAGAAGAGGAACUCCGCUAAGGAGCUGUGGCUGGUCAUCCAUGGCCGGGUCUAUGAUAUCACCAGCUUCGUGGAGGAGCACCCAGGUGGGGAAGAGGUCCUGUUCGAACAGGCUGGAGGAGAUGCCACAGAGAGCUUUGAGGACGUUGGCCACUCUAUCGAUGCCCGAGAUAUGCUAAAGCAGUAUUACAUUGGAGACCUGCACCCGUCGUCACUUUGCCCUGAGUCCAUGUCACAGGAUGGGAGUAAGGAGGGGACCUGUCAGGAAAAUUCUUGGUCCAAUUGGCUGAUCCCAACAGUGGCCGUCCUGAUCCUGGGCUUUAUGUACCGUUUUUAUACCGCCGACGGCCGUUCCUCCUGAGUACCGGCCGCACCAGGCCGGCGUCCUCACGCACAAGGAAAUGAGCAGGAUCCGGAACAGAAGAGCGCUAUCUGCCAUCUGGACCUCUGCCACAGGUCCAAUUGACGUUGUUUGGAGCCUCCUCAUUCUAACUUGCUGAUGAGACCUCUAUUCCAUGCUGUGAGCCUGCGUUGUCUUUUUAUCCCUGUCUAAAUCCUGGAUGUUUUUAUGGGACUCGGUAAUGGAACCCCGCUGUUGGAUUGUGUCACAGAGCAUGCCUAUAGUUCUCUUUACUUUCUCUGUGUAAGGAGCCUUCCCAUUUUCUGAGUUGUUCACCGUCUGCCUGUAUUAUUACUGUCACAGUAACGCCUUCUUUUGUGUGGUAAAGCCGUGAGUGCGUGUUGCCCAUUGACCUUCUCCACCCUGUUGAGGGUUUCUACUUCUUCCAGCUUGGUUGUAUCCCAAAGGGAACCAGUCAUUUCUUUUUUUGAGCAAGAUUUUUAAUAUAUAA